AUGAGAUAUCAUGCGCACUUAAUGUGCAUGUCAUGCAUGACCCGUAGGGGGCUGAGUUGACCAAUAGGCAUCCCUGCUGUGGAAUUUGAGAAGCAGACCGCAAUUGUGUCAUGAAAUCGGAAUAGAAAUUUCAAGUAUAAUUACUUCGCGAUUUUGUUUUUUCUAUGCUUGCAUUAUUGAAUAGUUUGCUGAUGUGUGAUUAUGAUUUGAAGUGUGGCUCGUAUUAACGAUGAUCGAUUAUUUUGUGGUAUUAGUAAUUAAAUAGCUAGGUUAAAACGUGCUAGCUUCUGCAUUUAAUGAAAUUUCUUAUGGUUGAUAUAUGCGGUAAAAGUUAAUUUUAAUUUCAAAUUAAAAUAUUUAGGAUAAAAUGAAUGAAUCAUCAUCUGGAUAUUGAACUAGGCCAUUCAAUAUUGGUUUCUGGACUAUAUCAUUUAUACAUGACAGAGUGAUGCUCAAUCCUAUUUAGUAGCUGUGCAAGCUGUUAUAGUGAAAUACACAUUAUUUGUCACAAAUAAAGAGUAA